AUUAGUUAUUAGAUCACAACAUUGUGGAUAAUUAGAAAUUGAAGAAAGUGGAAUACGUUAAAAUUGGUGACGAUUCAAGUAGGGUUUCAAUUUGAUCUUUGACUAUUAAAGAAGAAAAGUACAGAAAUUUGUGAAGGCUGAAAUACAAGAUCAUGCGACAUUCAAGACAUGAAUUCAAUUUCUCCAUUGUUAUAUGGUUACCUCUAUUGCCAGUUUUGAUGCUUUGUAUAGGAGAUUACUUCAGAAAGAAAACAUUCUCGAAAAUAGAUUUGUGCUGGGACGGCCUGACCGAUAACGUAUCAGGAGCUAGAGAAGGAGUGAUUUGGAUCUCAGAUGAGAUUUCUCAUCUUCGUAGAUUAUUUGAUCUCAGUGAAAUUAUCUCAAUGAAAAGAAACAAGAAAGAUCAAAUAACAAAUGUAAAUCAGAUCGGCGUUUCUCAUGAAAUCCUUAGACGUCGUGCUUUAAAUUACGUACAUGAAGUACAAUACACAUUGAACAUUCUACGUAACAUUUUUACUCAAUUACAAAAUGUUCAUCCAAAGGAAUUGGAUAGGGAAACAGUUUCAUCGAUACAAACAUCAUUAAUUCAGUAUAGACAGAAUAUGGAGGAAAUUAUUUUACACUUGCAAAUUAUUCUAAACAAACUAGGUGAAUUAGAUGGAUUUUUACAAAUGAGAGUGAAUGGUUUAAAUAAACUUUCAAAGAGAUUACAAGAGAUGAUUCGAAAACUACAGAAUCCGUCAGAUUGUAAAAAGGUCAAAUAUGUGACAUUUGGUUUCACUAAUUUAUGUGGAUUAGGUUGUUCAAUGCAUCAACUUAUGUACUGCUUACAAUUGGCUUUUGAAAAUGAACGUGUUUUAAUAAUGAAGAAACAUCAUCCUGGAGACAUAUUUCGAGAAUGGCUUCAUCAGAACAUGUUACCACUUUCUGAUAAAUGCAAUUAUUCGGAUUCAGAUGGUAGAUCAGAUAACAUGGAAUGUCCUCCGAUUCGAAAAGGUUUCACCAAUUAUAACUGGUUACCAAAUGUUCUCCCAAUAGAUAUGAAUGAAGAAUUAUUUCGUUUACAUGAGGCACCCUUUGUUUGGUUUGCUGGUCAACUAGCAGCCUAUAUUUUGCGUCCAAGGCCAAACUUAGCACAAUUAAUCAAUGCAACAUUGAAGAGCUUUAAAACGAGUGGUGAUCCAGUAGUUGGCGUGCAUAUAAGGCGUACUGAUAAGUUAAUUGUGGAGGCUCAGUUUCACAACUUAUCCGAGUACAUGGAACAAGUGGAUCAUUUCUUUGAUUUACAAAGUGCUAAUCUUUUGACAUUUUCAAAGAGAAAUGACAUGAAUAAAGAGAGAUAUGGAUUAGUUUCUAAAAGAAUCAUUAGAAGAACUGAGUCUGUUCAGGUGAAACGAAGUGUUUAUUUGGCAACAGAUGAUCCUAAUAUUUUUACUCAACUACCUUACAGUUAUCCAAAUUACACUGUCUAUGGUAGUCCAGGUAGAUCACAGUCAGCUAAAUUGAAUAUGCGGAUGUCAGUUAGUUCAAUGAAUAAUGCAUUUGUUGACAUCAUUGCACUUUCAAUGACGGAUUUCCUUGUAUGUACAUUUUCAUCGAAUGUUUGUCGUUUAGCCUAUGAGUUAAUGCAAACACGUCAUAUGGAUUUAGGUGAUGCCACACAAUUAUUUCAUUCAAUCGAUUUGUUAUUUCAUGAAGAAGAUUAUAGCAAACUAAAAUUUGAUGUGAUCAUACCAGAUACAAAGGAGCAUUUAAAGUAUGGUGAUUUAGUGGAGAUCACCAAGACUUACUGGAAUGGUUCAGUGUCAGUAAAACUAAAUCAGUCAAACCAAAAGGGUAUGAAAAAUGAAUUAUUCAUUGCACCUACCUACAAGUUGAGACCUAAAAUAAAUAUGACUGGAUUCAAUUGA